GAGGUUAAUUUAUGCGCGCAAGCGCAGCACGGCAAAGUGAUAGACCCGCCAUUUUGUCAUCAGAUUUGCUAGGCGGAAGUAAUCGCCCAAAAUGGUUGUGUUUUGGACACUUAAAACUGCCUGAGAACACGAAAAAACACCAGAAAAUAAAUCUUCGGAGUAUUCUCCGAUUGGAUUGAGGGAAGUGAUCCGUGGAUGGCAUCCUCACAGAUGGAUUUCUGCGGAUAGAAAAUCGAGGGUGUGUAGGGUUCCGUCGGGCAGCCCCCCGGCCGUCCCCCUAGGAUGAUGCGGCGGGGCAGCGUGACCGAUCCGCAGGGCCAGCUCCGGCGGGGCAAGUCGCAGGACGGCCCGGGAGGAGGGGAGGGAGGCUUCCCCGGGCCGGGCGAGAUGGCUCCCGAGCAGCUCCCGCCACAGUCCCCCUCCUUCCAACACCCGCAGAGCCCCCUCCAGCAUUACAUGAUGGCUGCCAACAGCCACCCGGGGGCGGUGCAGGGGAUGGGGCCGGUGUCUCCCCUGCCCCAGGGGCAGGCGGCACGCCCCUCCCCCGCGGGGCACAUGCAGGUGCCGAUGAACACCAUGGGGAUGCCCAUGACAACUCUCAGCAUGCCCAUGAGCCGCCCCACCACUUCGCCCUCGUUCCAGAGCCCGGCCACGUCGCCCUUGGUUACGCGCCGGUUCGACCCCGCCGGCUCGCCGGGCUUCCUUCCGGCCUCAAGCCCCUCCCCCACCGGCCUCCCACCGCCACAGCAGCAACAAACGAGUCCCAUGCACCUGCAAAGAGGGAAUCCCCAAAUGGCUACAACACAGAUGAUGGGCUCGAUGGGAAUGCCGUUGAGUCCAACGCGAGGCUUCCCUUUGGAACAAGGCAUACAGCAGGGGAUGCACUCCCCCAUGCGCCAGCUGAGUGUCAGCCCCUCGGGCAGCGGCCACUUCAUGUUUCAGGAGUUCAGAAAGACUUAUUCUGAGCAGGAGAUGCAGCGCGUGGCCAUGGGGUACCCCCCGCAGCAGCAGACGGGUGGUACGAUCCACCACCACGGACAGAGCCCCACGCGGGGGAACAUACCGCCGCUGGCGAGCCCGACCGGGUUGGGACACGGACUUCCUGGGAUGGGGAUGCGUCAAAUGGGACAAGUCGAACAGCGGAGACCCUCCUACAGCCCGACCAGAGCUUCGUACGAUAUGAACAGGACAAGUCCGAUAGCCAGCGGAUACGUCAUGAACCCAGUAGUUAGCCAAACCAGUCCGAUACGAACUACCCCGAGCCCACACACAAGCCCCAUCCCUGUCAAGAAGCAGUCGCUGAGAAGGUUGGAAGAAAAACCUCCGCAAACUCCCGAAGCGGCACACUAUCGGAAACUCUUAGUCGAGCACCACAGCAAGGAAUUGAACCAGAUCAAGGACUUACACAACGAGCGGUUGACGGAACUUUUCUUCCUUCAGAACGGCCAGAUCAUGAUGGACUACCUUGCCUUUAAGAAACGGGGCGCGCCCAGUCUACUUAAGUUCCUCAAGCAACACAACUUAGAUGACGACGAGGAAGAAGAACCAAAGGAACAGAGAAUUAACGAUGAGAAAACAACGCCUAGACCCUCAAGUAGACCCUCAAAUGUUCCAUUCACACAGGUAAAAGUAAUGACGACGAGCGGCAGUAACAUCCCGGUCUGCACGCCGGUGGCCAUCUCCACCCAACUGCCUCCCGAGGUCACGGCGAUCUCUCAGCUCAGUCAACAACAGCAGCAGCAACAACAGCAGCAAGCACAGUCGCACGUAGAACUCCAUGCGGGAAUGCCGGUGGCGACGAACGCCAACAACCUGGAGAUCGAGGCGUUCCGGCGGCAGCAGGUGCAGGCGGGGGCAGAGCCGAGCCGACCGCCCGGCGGGCGCCACGGGAUGGUGUUCCACCCACAGAACCAGGCACUGCAGCAGCAGCUCAUGAGCUCCAUGCAAGGAGGUCUAGUAGCAGCCCAACAGCAGCAGCCUACCCCCUUCACUACCCAACAGCAGCCCCCUCCCUACCCCUCCCCCUUCGGUCCUGCCGUACCUAACACCACCCCCCUGCACAGCCCCCCUCCCCAGCCCCUGCCGACGCACCCCCCUCUGCAGCACCAGUUGAGCCAGCCACAGCCUGCCACCCUCCCCCAGACCGUGCCACAGACCCCACCUGGCAUGGUGCAGAGGACUAUGUCAGAGCCUCAACCUCCAACUUCUGUGCUCUUUUCAGCGUUCCAAACGCCACAACAACCAAAGGACUUACCCAAACCUCUGAGCGUGUCCACGAUGAUGCCCACGUCAGCGACCUCUGCCGCCGUCGUCGCCAAGUGCACCAAGUCUCCGCUCUCCCCGACGUCCAGUCAGAGGCUGCAGACGCGCCACCAGCAUUCCAUCUCACACGUGUACGACACCACCAUCGGAUCACAGGAGGAGAUCGUCGAAAGGGCAAAACAGGAAGCUGCAGUACAACAGAGGGUAGCAGAGCUGAGAAAAGAGGGCCUGUGGUCCCAGCGCCGCCUGCCCAAGGUGCAGGAGCCGCCCCGCCCCAAGGCACACUGGGACUACCUGCUGGAGGAGAUGCAGUGGCUCGCCACCGACUUCGCGCAGGAGAGGAAGUGGAAGAUGGCGGCUGCGAAAAAGCUUGCCCGAGCAGUUGUUCGGUUCCACCAGGAGAGGAAAGCUAAGGAGGUCCGAGCUGAGAAGGAGGAGGCCCUGCGUCUCAGGAGAAUAGCUUCUAACAUGGCCAAGGAGAUCAAGGCUUUCUGGGCUAACAUUGAAAAAGUUGUGCAAUAUAAGCAGCAUUCACGGUUGGAGGAGCAGCGUAAAAAGGCGUUGGAUCUCCAGCUAAACUUUAUCGUGGACCAGACGGAGAAAUACUCGUCCUGGCUGACCCAGGGGCUGAAGGAGGACUCCUCACUACAGGGGUCAGCAGCCUCCAGUCCUGGGAGGGACACAGGGCUUGGAGAGGAUGAAGAGUUCCACCCUGAUGAUGAGAGUGAUGAUGAGGAGACUCUGGACCAGGAGGAGGAGGCUGAUGAUCAGGGGGAUGUGGAUGAAGAGGUUGCGCUCCUUCAGCAGGAGAGUGAAGUACCUCUGGAGGACCUCAUCUCCAAACUGCCUCCUGAGAUCCUGGAGAAACCUGCAGAGUCCAUGGAGGUGGACGGGAACUCUAGCAGCGAGGAGGAGGAGGAAGACUCGACCAGACAGGCACCAGAUGAUGAUGAGUUCAUGCCGUCCGAAGCCUCAGAGGAAGAAGGAGCUGGUGAUGAUGAAGAGACAAUAGAAGAACAAGAAGAGGCUGAGGGCGAGGCAGAUCACAAAGAAGAGCUGGAUGAUCUGCAAAAAGAAGGUGAGAUGUCCAUGGAAGAACUGAUGAAGAAAUACGGUGGUGCUUACGAGGAAGGGUUCGAGCCUCCCCCCAGUCCUCCUGAGUCCAGCUUCUCUGAUGAAGACCAGGAGGGUUAUGAUGAUGAAACUGAAGAAUCAGAAACAGAGGAGCCCAGUGAUGAAGAGGAGGAGGAGAUGGCAGACAUCGGAAUGGAGUAUCUCAUCCACGGGGACAAGGAGAACCACCAGCCACAGGAGGGAUCAUCGACGCAGCAAGAAGGCAAGGGUCCAAGCAAGGAGAUCACAGACAUCGCUGCUGAUGCCGCAGCCUGCCAGCCUACAGGGUACACGCUAAGUACAACACAGGUGAAGACUCCUGUGCCGUUCUUACUGAAGCACACCCUGAGAGAGUACCAGCACAUUGGGCUGGACUGGCUCGUCACCAUGUAUGACAAGAAGCUCAACGGCAUCCUGGCAGACGAGAUGGGUUUGGGGAAAACCAUCCAGACCAUUGCUCUGUUCGGUCAUCUCGCCUGCGAUAAAGGUAUCUGGGGUCCCCAUCUGAUCGUGGUUCCCACAAGCGUCAUGUUAAACUGGGAGAUGGAGUUCAAGAAGUGGUGUCCAGCCUUCAAGAUCCUCACCUACUACGGAAACCAGAAGGAGCGCAAACAGAAGCGUCAGGGCUGGACCAAGCCCAACUCAUUCCACGUCUGCAUCACCUCGUACAAACUGGUCAUCCAGGACCACCAGUCCUUCAGGCGCAAGAAGUGGAAAUACCUGGUCUUAGACGAGGCUCAGAACAUCAAGAACUUCAAGUCUCAGCGCUGGCAGACUCUGCUGAACUUCCAAAGCCAGCGGAGGCUGUUGUUGACAGGAACUCCCCUGCAGAACAACCUGAUGGAGCUGUGGUCGCUGAUGCACUUCCUCAUGCCCCACGUGUUCCAGUCACACAGGGAGUUCAGGGAGUGGUUCUCCAACCCAGUCACAGGCAUGAUCGAGGGGAACACGGAGUACAAUGAGGGACUGAUAAGAAGACUACACAAGGUGCUGAGACCGUUCCUCCUGAGAAGACUAAAACAAGAUGUGGAAAAGCAGCUCCCCAACAAAUACGAACACGUGGUGACGUGUCGCCUGUCCAAGAGACAAAGGUUCCUCUACGAUGACUUCAUGUCUCAAGCCAAAACGAGGGAGACCCUUGCCUCUGGCCACUUCAUGAGUGUGAUCAACAUCCUGAUGCAGCUGAGGAAGGUGUGUAACCACCCAGACCUGUUCGACCCUCGGCCCAUCAUCUCUCCCUUCAACACUGAGGGAAUCUGCUACUACACAGCCUCUCUGGUACACAGGGUAGUGGAGUAUCAUCCAUUUCAGCAUGUGAACCUAGGGUACCUAAACCUGUGCCUGGCAGACUUGGAACUGAGUCUCCCCGCCUAUGCUGCUCACCGUGUUAACCAACUACAAGCCUCCAGACAACUCAUCGAGGAGAUUGACUCCCAACCAGACCCCCCUCCCCGCUUACCCCCCAUGAAGCUCAGACCCAGCCUGUUCCAACCCCCUGCUCCGACGCCCAAGGAGACCGGAAGGGCAUCUCCACUCACCCCUGCAGCGGUGGCGGCACAGUCUAGCCCACGGGCAUCUCCCGUGGUGUUUUCUGUAGCUGUCGUGCCACCAAGGGUGAAAUCUCCGGCUGUGGCAUCAGCGUCGCCUGCUAGAGCUUCACCACCUGUCCAAGUUGUGCAACCGAUACAGCAGCAGGUUGCUGUCCCUGCUGUCACCACUACUGUCCCAGUGGCCCCUGUACAGCCCAAGGUCGCAGCGUCCCUCACACCGUCGCAGGCUGUCACCAUCGUGUCACAGAUGCAACAACAACAACAACAACAGCAGCAACAACAACAACAACAGCAGCAGCAGCAAGUAAAGCAGGGCGUUGCCCAGAUGGUUCCCACGACGACCCCGGCUGCCGUGAUCACGACCCAGCCCCAACAGUUGCCUGGGUUCACCAUCCCCACAUCACUGCUACAGCAGAGACUUAUACUACAGGGCACACAGAGACUUCCCACAGGUGAGGUAGUGUCCAUCGCCCAGCUGACGCCGGCGACCACCACGGUGGGUGGUGUAAGACAACCAUUGGUUCCCUCUCAGCCAAUCACAGUGCAGAUCCACCAGACUCAGCAAGGCGCGAGACUCACGGUUCCCACCGGACAGAUCAGGCAGUUGCCAGGAGGGUUUGUACAGAUAAUUCAGACGACGACGGGACAUCAGAUCCUGAGGACUGCCAGCCCCAACAUUGUCACUGCUGUCCCCCAGUCUCAGGCACAACUACUGUCCAGAACAUCAUCUCCUGCUACCCAAGGGGCAGGACUUGUCACCCAGACUGUGACGGUACAGAGAGUCCCGACGCCCCACACACAGAUAGCGCAGCAGCCACAAGCUCUGAUCGUACAACAGGCGCAGCAGCAGCAGCCACAGAAGAGUAUAUCUCACUCCCCCGUCCAGGUCAUCACGCUCACCACAGCGCACCCUCGCCAAGCACAGACGCCUCCGCAACAAGUCAGCAAACCGGCGGUCACCGUCCAGCUGCCUAAAACUGUAACAGUCACCAGUACCGCGAAACCCAUUGUGAAGAUGGCGCCGCUCACGUCCGCGGGGAACAUUGUCGUGGUUAGCGGGGCGAGCGUUAGCGGAGCGACAGGCGUGACCACGGCUGGGUUAACGACAGCCCCUAAAGUGAUCCGUUAUCUUACAGUGUCGGGCGCACCAGCGGGAGCAGUUCCCGCACCUGUUGCCACGCCGACAACCGCCAUCGCCAGGACGACAGUUACCACGGUAUCUGCAACCACGGCAACAGUGACGACCACGGUCAGCACGGCGCCAACAGUGUCCACAUCUGUAGUGAAAACCACGGCCACGUCUACGGUACAGAAGAAACCAGCAGAGAAGUCACCAUUCCAUUUGGAGUAUCUUGAAAAACAAGAAGAGAAGGAACACAAAGAGACCCUGCUGAGAAUAGCAGAAGCCAACAGGUUCCGCUGCUCUGCCAAGCCCGUGUACGGCGCCGACCUGGUCAGCAAAGUCUCGGACAUUUUCGACCUGCGCUGCUCCAAGUAUUCCGCCAACAGCUGGAGAAGCGUUGGGCUGGUGAACUGUCAUAAUAUGUACAACACGCGCAACUAUAACCACCCCGCGGUCUACUGGAGCUCCACCGGCGUGCUGGGAACACUUCUACCCACCCCUGAGCAGAGACUAGAGGAACUGGGGGAACUCAUCGAUAGGUAUGUGUUUGAGGUCCCGCGGGUGUCGGCCCCUCCCAUCACUAUGCACACGUCGCACCCCCCUCCCUCCCUGGUGCAGAGGAGACAGGUGCUGGACAUGGCCCUGCAUCGGGAGGUGGUGCCUCGACUGCGCUGCUACCACCGUGUGGAGAGGGGCAUGCUCACACAGUUCCCCGACCCAAGACUGGUGCAGUACGAUUGUGGAAAACUGCAGAGACUAGACAAGCUCCUGCGUCAGCUGAAGCAGGGCCAGCAUCGGGUGCUGAUCUUCACCCAGAUGACCCGCAUGCUGGACGUGCUGGAGCGCUUCCUCAACUAUCAUGGGCACGUCUACCUCAGGCUGGACGGCACAACCAGGAUAGAACAGAGACAGGCUCUGAUGGAGAGGUUCAACGCCGACUAUCGCAUCUUCGUGUUCAUCCUGUCCACGCGGAGUGGGGGGAUCGGCGUGAACCUGACGGGCGCGGACACCGUGAUCUUCUACGACAGCGACUGGAACCCCACCAUGGACGCCCAGGCGCAGGACCGCUGCCACAGGAUUGGCCAGACCAGGGACGUCAACAUCUACAGUCCCAGCCCUUCUAACUGCAGUGACUUACAAUGGGUAGCCCUUUGUUGCUUCUCCAUGAAGAGUUUUCUUUGCUUUGCUUCUACGCAGGAACAAGUGGAAGCUGCCAAGAAAGACUGGGAGCUGGGGCGCCUCCAGGCACUGAAGGAAGAGGAAGAAAGGCGUGCAGAGAUGGAAGAUGAUGAAGUUCUCUUCACCUACUCCCAAGACGACGCCAAGAACCAGGUUUACAUCUGUGACAUCACCAAGGAGAAGAUGCCGCUGUGGUCGCCCCCCACCCCACCCCAGGAUGAGAAUGAUGUGUACAUGGACCCGGCACACAACUUCCUGUACCACCACUCCACCAUCCCUGAGUCACAGCUGCCUCCCAUCUACGUCAAGAAGGACCACAAGAGGGUCAGGCUAGACCCACAUGCAGCACGAAAGCACAAGGUUCGUCGAGGCGAGCACCAGCCGCCGCCCCGCUCCCUGUUCGACCGCCCGACGGCCGCUCUCCUGAAGAUGCGUCGCGAGGCCAAGCAGCAGAAGCUGAAGGGUCUGAUCCGACCAAUGAAACCCGUCCCCGUGGUGAACCGGCCGAUGAUCGACACCAACCAGGACCAUCCAGAGUGGCUCAUUAAUGAAGACUGGGCGCUGCUCACGGCUGUACAGCAGAUGCUGGAACUCCCCCUGAACCUGAUGGUGGUAUCUCCCGCGCACACGCCCAACUGGGAGCUGGUGAGCGACGUGGUGAACAGCAUCAGCCGCAGCUACCGCUCCCCCAAGCAGUGCAAGAACCGCUACGAGAGCGUCAUCGUGCCUAGGGAGGAGGGCAAGAUCUUGUAUGACACCAAUCCCAGCAAGAAGCAAAAGAAGUCCAAAGGCAUCUAUAGGACGAAGAACAACCGGCCAAUGAGAACGAGCCAGCUGCACGCCAACGACAACAACGCGGAACAUUCGCGGGUCUUCUCUGAGAAGUUUGAUCUGAUGAAGCUCAUGUCCACCAAACGCUCACCGACACUCAAGCAAGUGCUGGUGAAUCCAUUCCAAAAGAACCCAAAACAUGCCUCAGUCCUGCAGGAAAGUGGCAUCAACUACGACAAGCCCCUGCCUCCUGUACAAGUGGCCCAGAUGAGGGCAGAACGUAUCGCCAGGGAAAAGAGACAACAACAACAACAGCAGCAGCAGCAACAACAACAGCAACAGCAGCAACAACAACAGCAACAACAAGCCCAGGCUGCCGCCACUGCGGAACAGCAGCGACAGCAGCUGGUUGCUGUCCAACAGCAGAGAACAGUCACCGUCGCACAGCCUGUUGCCACGGCAACGACAGCAACUGUCAUGCAAUCUGGCCAGGUGAAUAAGAUCGCGGUCGGCACGACGAGCCUCACGGCGGUAACCAUGGCGAAGGGAAGCACCACCAGCCUGGUGGUGAACCCUGCAGGGGGUCUAAACGCCAACACCUUCGCUUCCAUCAACAAGCGCAUGAGCCUCAGUCAGCAGGGCGUCGCUACGCCUGGCACCAUCACUACCAUUUCCACGCCGGUCCGAACGACCACGCGGCCGGCCACCACGACAGAAGUAGCGGCGGUGCUGGCCAGCCAGGGUCGGGUUACCGUCGCCACGACAGCGCUGACCAACAUCACCACGCUGACCAGCGUCCAGGCCCAGCCCGUCACCGUGGCAACCACCGUGGUGUCCGCGGGUAAGAAAUCCACAGGUCAGCAGGUCGUCGGCACGACAACAGUCCCCAAGGCGAACCUGACUCCGCAGCAGAUUGCGUACCUUCAGCAGAGACAACUGCAGCUGAGAGCGCAGCAACAGGCACAGCAGGUGCAAGGGGGAGGGGGGCAAACCCUCAGCCAGGCCCAGCUGAAACAGGUCCAGCAGAGACUGCAGGUGAAGCAACAGCAGAUCAAGCGAUUGCAGCAACAGCAAGCCGCCCAACAAGCCAGUCUGAAGACCAGCGGGACUACUGUCCAGACUGGCGUGGUACAGGCACAGGUACAGCAGACAGCACAGCAGAGAGUACAGGCCCAGAAGCAGGUGGUGAAGCCUGUGACUCGCACCAUGUCAGAGAUGGAGGUCCAGGCUCUCAUCAAGAGGCAGCAACUUCAGCAGAAACAGGCACAAGCACAGGCUCAGGCACAGAGUCAGGCAGCUGUGCAGGGAGUGCAGGCCACCCCUGUAGCCCAGUUAGCCUUCACCAAGGCCUCGGUGCCAGUGUCGUCCCUCCCUGUGACUGGAGCGGGUGGUGUAACGGUCAGCACUGUCAACGUGGGCGGGGUUAGCGUCAGCCUCACCCAGCCAACCAGGGCCCAGCAGGUAAAGGCGAAGGGCUCCCUCCAGCAACAGCAGACACAGAUCCGUAGUCUACAGCUUCAGCAGCAGCUGCUGGCCAGACACAAGCAGCAGCAGCAACAACAGCAGCAGAAGGUGGCCUUCGCUGCUGCAGCACAGGUGCAGGCCCAAGCUCAGGCUCAAGCCCAACAGCAGCAGGUUCAGGCUAAACUGAUGAGUGCACAGCUGGCACAGCAGCAGAAACAGCAACAACAGGCAGCUGCACAGCAGCACCAGCAAGUCAGCGUGAAAGUGCAGCCUGCGGCAACAGUGACGGCAGUAGCCCAGCAGCUCGGGUCUCCCGCCACCCUUCAGCUGGCCUCCCCUCCGCAACAGUCUCCCCAGCAACAACAACAACAACAACUUGCUCAGACUGUAACACUCACACAGGCUAUACCUACACAACAGGUCCAGGUGAGUCGUGCUGCCACAGUGCAGGGACUGGUAACGCCCGCCCACCCCAGUCUGCAGCAGCCGGGUACUGUCUCACCACAGGACUCCUCCCAGCAGCAACCCGGGGCUGGUCAACAGGGUGCUGCCGGAAACAAGUCCUCUCCUUACACCAUGAGGCUCAGAAACCCUCCUAAACACUGAGGAAUACUGCUGGUCUCUAUGGAUAGCUGUGAAACCAUGUACCGCCAGCCCACAUUCUCCCUACAGGAAGUCUUCUCCUUACAACAUGCGUCUCAAAAACCCUCCUAAACACUAAGGAUGAUGAAGAAACUCUCCUGGUCUCUAUGGACAGCAGUGAGCCCCCCUAUCCCCACGACAAGACUCAGAAACCCUCCUAAACGCUGUGGAAUACUGCUGGUCUCUGAGGAUAGCUGUGAGCCCCCUAUCCCCACAACAAGUCCUCUACUUACACCAUGAGACUUGGAAACCCUCCUAAAUGCUGAGGAAUACUGCUCCUGAUCUCUAUGUAAAGCUGUGUUGCACCCUAUCCCUACAAGUCUCCUUACACCACGAGACUCAGAAACUCUUCCCAACACUUCAGGAUGACUAAGGAACUCCCCUUUGUGUCCCCCUAUAACAAGUUUUCAAUUUACCGUGGAGACCAUAGGAACGUCAUGUGAAGAUCUCAGAAAUCAUUAGCAUGUGUGUUUGCAAUCAAGGAUGAAUGCAGGAUAGUUUUUCAUUUUUCCAGUGUUGUACAAAUCUUGUCAUGUUGGGAAAGUGUACCAGUUGUAGUGUACCUACAUAAAGUAAAAAUUCCAUAUGCUAAACCUACAGCACCUUAUUUGGUUCUGUGGAAUCCCUGCGGCCUUGCUUUCAACCAAAUUCUUGAAAGGCUUUUGCUUUGCAUCGUCAUAUGGUUCAUGUGUUAAUUUGUGCUGCUACUAAUGCAUUUUGUGUCUGCUGAUUUUGUCUUUUGUAUCUCUCCAAAAGUAUUUUCAAUUAUCUAAAUAGAGUGAAUAGUCUGUGUCAUCAGAGAUGAGUGUAAGAUAGUAUUGAUACAUGUACAGAGUUUUUCCGACCUUGUGGAGGUGCUAUUAUGUUUGCCAAUAGAGCAGAGUCUACCAACAUAGUAAAAAGCUAUCUCAGCUGUAGUAACCUUAAGUAUGUGGAAGAAAAAGCUUUAAGGACAGAUGAUGAAACUUCAACCUGGUUUUGUUUGUUUAAGAGUCUUUGUGUAAAUACAUGUUCUACAAUUUCUGUUCUGUUGUAUUAGUGUGCUGUUCUAGUUGUUAUUAAAGAUUGUUCCUGACCUUUUGUUUACAUAUGAUAUGUACACACUUGAAUUAGUACUUUAAGGACUUGUUUAAGACACCUUUAUGACUUGACGUCUCAUGUAAAAAGUAAUGACACUUGAGGACUUGAUCUUUGUAAAUGCUUCCUCCUUGAUAAGUCAGUAAACUCCUUCUCUUUUGUUCAGUCCUUGUAAAUAUCUUAAGACGGCUGAUAAGAAACUGGACCACACAUCUCAGCUUUCUCCAGUGUUAUUAAAUUGUGUGGAGUAAGAAAGAAUGAUGGUGCGGGAAUUUGUGAGGUUCCCACAACUGUGUAAAUAAAUACAUGUACCCGUGUGUACCUUUUGUUCGACGGAAUAAAUAUGACUUCAAGAGACUUUGUACUACU